AUGUCUAUAUCAGAAUUACCCAAAACACCACCCCGUAAUAGAGUGGAAGUAAACGAGCUGACAAGUAGCCCUAUUUUGACUCCAAACUCAAAGUUAAAUAGGUUACUUGCUGAGUUCGACGAUGAAACUAGCGACAAUCAACCGUCCAAAACAACAGCUAAUAGCUUUUCCCUGGCUGAAUUUAAAAAGAAAUUGACGGGUACUCCCGCAUACGGCAAGAAUACAAUUGAUUCGACUAUCGACAACUCAACUAGCUUGCUGUUAGACGAGAAUAACAAACUAAACUUAGAGCAAGAAGACUCGAGCCAGCAUUCGCAAUUCGAACAAUUGAACCAAACCUCGCAGGACAAAGACCAAGUUUUUUUGGACGAAAAUACCAAACAUGAUAGAAGACAAGCUAUUGAAGAGGACCACGACGAUGUCGACGAAGACGACGACUUAUUUGGAACAACAGCAUCAUUAUUAUCUAAUUCCAUGCUCUUUGAUGAUGACGAUGAAAUCCAGCCUUCAAAGAGAAAGAGAGGUGUUCUAAAUAUUUCUGAUAAUGAGGAAGAAGAAGAGGAAGAAGAAGAAAUUGUUAUAACACAAGCUCAUGAUCAGGUUCACGUGAAUUUCCCAAUAGAAGAAGACGAACAAGACAUUCCAGAUAGAGCGGUAUCAACUGUAGCAUCCCAGAGUACGGGCCCCAAGAAAGAACUCGAGAUCACAGCUAAGGAAACCCAGCGGUUAGAAAGAAGUUUAGAGCUUGAUCCUGGAUCUCAUACCGUCAAGUUAAUCACUGUUGAUAGUUUCUUAGCAAACUUCGAUGAAAGUGAUGGAGAGCAGGAUUCGGAUGAAACCAAUCGUAACCGAGACACGCCUCCUACUAGUCCUCUGGCUGCCAGUCCACAGAGAAAUACAAACAAAAAUGCACACAAAUUCAGCAACAAAAAAGUAGCCCCACCUCCACCACCACAACCUCGUAGACUGACAAGCUUUGUCAGUUCCGGAAAGCGAAAUGUACACGAGGGUUCAGAUGACGAUGAUGAUUUAGAGGUUAUUCCACCCACAUGUGCAAAUAAGAUUACUGCCCCAGUCAAAAAACUUGCAGCACUGGCUAGAAUAGAUUUAGGCAAACCUAGGUCAAAGAGUAGUUUGCUUAACAGUGGACUACUGGCAAAGCUAGAGGCCAAACAGCGUGAGCAAGCCAUUAAAGACCGUAAUGAGAGAGUCUCUGAAUUAAAGGCACGCGGAAUCAUUGUGCUGGAUGAAGAGGAGAAGUCGAAAGAAAACGAAAUUGUUGAAUCUCUUUUAGAAAGAGAACGGCGACUAGCUGAAGAGUUGCGAAAGAAGGAAAUUGGAGAAGGAGAAGGUGAUGACGAAGAUGAUGAAGAUUUCAAUUUGGACGAAGGUGAAGAAGAACCUGAAAUAGGGUAUGGUGACGCUGGAGUCAGUGCUGACGAAAAUGGGGAGGAUAUAUUGGGUUAUGAUCCAUCUGGGAGCGAAAUUGAUGAAGUUGGGAGUAAUGAGGAAGACAAUGAUGAUGAUGAUGAUGAUGAAGAAGAAGACGAAGAAGAAGAGGAGGAAGAGGAAGAGGAAGAAGAAGACAAUGCAGCAGAAGAAAAAGAAAAGCCUGAUGCUGGCGAGUCUUCCAGAGAGGAGGUUGGUCCCAUUGUUGAAAUUCCUAGUAGUUUCAUUGUUGACCAUGAGGAUACUAUUAUUCCAAGCGUCGGUCGUUCGAGAAAGAUAGUCUCAGAUGACGAGUCAGAUGAAGAUGUGGGUUUCAUUAAAAAUACUCAAGAAUCUUUUAUUCAGUCUGGAAACACGAUGUCUCUUGGUGACCUAUUCGAAUCUACUCAGAAAGUAGAUGCCAUCUCUAAUAAUUCACCCCAGAAAAAGAUGCAGUUACUUAGAGAGGCAGGUAUGCUUAAUGCACUCGAUACUGAGAUGCUACCUCCAAAUACACAAGUAAAACCUCUACCACUAGCAACGCCCGAUCUGAAACAGCUUAGGGAAAAUUAUCUUCAGGAGCACAGCAAUUUCCCGAUGUUGACUCAAUUAUCACAAUUGCCCGAUCCCAGUCAGGAUUCAUUCUCAGAGAAGACACAAAGAAUUCAAGAUAGUUCCGAGUCGGAGGGCGAAUCAGCACCUCCAAGGCAUCAUCGCAAGCUUGUAAAAGGAGCACUAAAAUCUGUCAAAUCAGGUAAAUACGACAAGAAGAAUAGUUCUGUUCGAGGUAUCAUAGAUGAGGAGGCUGUUGAAUCAGAUGAUGAAUGGGCAGGUAUUGGCGGUGCAAGUGAUGAUGAUGAAGACGAUGAAAACUAUAAUCUGGAAAACCUUGUUGAUGAUGAUAAGAAGGUAGAUGUAGCAACAGCCAAAGUCCAAGAAUUGUAUGCCGAAAAAGAACGAGACCGUGAUAACGAACAGCUCAAUAAGAUUGUUGACGAUGUUUUGAAUGGAGGGUGGAGAAAGCGACGAAGGGAUGGACUUGAUGAUCUGGAUGAUGAUGAGGACGAAGACUACAGCCGUGAAUUACAGCGUCGAGAACAGAAAAAGAGAAUGAAACUGAUGGAGGAAGAACGUAUUUCAGCAUUAGCAAAUAAUGCCAAAGCAUCUGCGUUUAUAGAUUCCAUUGCUGAAGUGUCUAAGACGGUAUCUAUCUUCGCCGAUGUUGAUGAUGAACAAGAAUAUGAGAGCAGUAAUGUGACUUUGCCUACGACUAAUGGUGCUACUGCCCCCACAGAAGGACCAUCGAAAUCCGCCAUAACUACAAAACCUACAAAGACAAGUUCCAAGUUUGGCAUUGAAUCCAUUCGUCGCCAGCUUUCAUUUUUAGAUGAAGGCAAGGAUGAUCCUAAUGAAGAGCAAACGCAAGCUGUGCAACUUCCCACAAUCUUCCAAGAAGAAUCAGAUGAUGAUCUCGACAUUGAGAAACCGCGUCCUACUGACCAGUCGAUGGUCAUUAAUCGACUCGUUGAACGUAGAUCUGUAUUAACUCGGGUCCGAAACGAGGCCGCCGACGAAAUUGGUCCCAACAGACGAAGGUUUACCGUGCGUUACGAUAGUCUUGCAUCGAAUACAGACUCUACUGACGGUUCCUCAACCAAGAAAACAGUCGAGAUACUUCAGUCUUUGACCACAAACUCAUUUUCCAACGUCAGUAGGUCUUCAGUUGUAGUAAAAGCUCAACAAAAUAAACCAGCACGAUCACUUGUUGCACCCAAGAAGGUCAGCAAAGUUCUCAGUGAAAGUCGAAAGAACUCUAAGAGCUUGUUCUCCAAAGGAACUUGGAUGUAA